CCUGUGGGGACCGCAGGGUCCCGGCUUGCUGCGUUGCAAGACCUGCAGGCACCUCGGAGAUGCGCGCCCCGGGCCGACCGCUGAAGAAGGAAGGCGCGGCUCCCCGAGGCCCUUGAGCCUCAGCGGCUAGAGAGGGGCCAGCAUGGGCCGCGGGCUGCACGCACCUUGCCUGCUUCUCUUCGUCGGGCUCCCAGCAGGGUGUCUGUCCUUGCUGGUCACAGUUCAGCACACAGAACGCUAUGUCACCCUGUUUGCCUCCAUCACCCUCAAAUGUGACUACACCACCUCUGCUCAGCUCCAGGACGUGGUGGUGACAUGGCGCUUCAAGUCCUUCUGCAAGGACCCCAUCUUUGACUACUUCUCUGCCUCAUACCAGGCCGCCUUAUCCCUGGGCCAGGACCCCUCCAACGACUGUAAUGACAGCCAGAGGGAAGUCCGCAUCGUGGCCCAGCGGCGGGGACAGAAUGAGCCGGUGCUGGGGGUGGAUUACCGGCAGCGCAAGAUCACCAUCCAGAACCGAGCAGAUCUUGUGAUUAAUGAAGUGAUGUGGUGGGAUCAUGGAGUCUACUAUUGCACCAUUGAGGCUCCAGGAGACACGUCAGGAGACCCAGAUAAGGAGGUGAAGCUCAUUGUCCUACACUGGCUGACAGUGAUCUUCAUCAUCCUUGGAGCCCUCCUUCUCCUGCUGCUGAUUGGCGUGUGCUGGUGCCAGUGCUGCCCUCAGUAUUGCUGCUGCUACAUCCGCUGCCCCUGCUGUCCCACCCGCUGCUGCUGCCCCGAGGAAGCCCUGGCCCGCCACCGCUACAUGAAGCAGGUUCGGGCCCUAGGUCCUCAGAUGAUGGAAAAACCCCUGUACUGGGGGGCGGACAGGAGCUCCCAAGUGUCAUCUUAUGCAAUGAACCCGCUGCUACAGCGAGAUCUGUCCUUACGGUCCAGCCUUCCACAGAUGCCGAUGACCCAGGCGGUCGCUCACCCUCCGGUGGCCAAUGGUGUUCUGGAAUAUUUGGAGAAAGAAUUGCGGAACCUCAACCCAGCCCAGCCUCCCGAUCUCCGAGCCAACUCUGGCUACCCUGGCAGCAUGCUGUCCUCCCUGGGCCCUGCAGAGGUCGUGGAACGCAGAGUCAUCCACCUGCCCGCCCUGAUCAGAGACCCACUGUCCUCCAGGACCAGCAACUCCUCACACCAGCAGCGGCUCAACCCCCUUCCUUCUAGACACCGGGAUCUGAGUGAGGCCAGGAGGCAGCGCUAUCACUCGGAUUUCCUCCAAGAGCUCCAGGACCGGGGGAUCAGACCCUGGGCCCCGGGGAGAAGGGAACUGGACCCCAAUUGGAGUGGGAGGCACCAUCGCUCUAGGCCCAACGAGUCCUCCAUGCCCUGGUCAGACUGGGACAGCCUGAGCGAAGGCCCCUCGUCCAGUGAGGCCCCUUGGCCCCCCAGACGCCCAGAGCCCCGGGAAGGUGCCCAGAGACACAGAAGACGCAGGCACCGCAGCUACUCGCCUCCCUUGCCCUCGGGCCCCAGUUCUUGGAGCUCUGAAGAGGAGAAAGAGUCGCUGCCCAGGAACUGGGGUGCCCAGCACCGCCACCGCCACCGCCGCCGCCGUUCCCAAUCCCCAAACUGGCCGGAGGAGAAGCCACCCAGCUACCGUUCACUGGAUGUCACUCCAGGCAAGAACAACAGGAAAAAAGGGAAUGUGGAGAGGCGCUUGGAGAGAGAGAGCUCCCAUAGUGGACGGAGUGUGGUCAUUUAGUCUCCAGGCACAAUGCUGCUUCUUGGAUCCCACGUGUUCUCAGCAUCACCAAGAUUUCCAGCUGCCUUGGGAAGGACACUGCACAUGUGUGUCCCGCAGUUUGGACAUAAAUUCUAAGCAUCAAAUAGAAGAGUUUUCAAAACAGGGGUUUAUGGGAUUAAUA